UUGUACAUUCCUUACCUUUAGGUGAUACUAAAAGUUCAUAUAUUUGCAGGAUGGUAAGACCUUACCCAAUGGACCUGUUAUUUCUCCUGACAGAUUUUAUUGAGAAGGAUUUAGUGAUAGAGAGAAUCCAAGAUUCAAUAUCAGAAGAGAAUAAGAGGUUGAUCUAUCUUGGAGAUGGAAGUGGAGACUAUUGUCCAAGUUUGAGGUUGAAAGAGAAGGACUUUAUGAUGCCAAGGAAGAACUUUCCAUUGUGGGAUCUGAUAUGCAGAGAUCCUUCAUUUCUUAAGGCUGAGAUUCAUGGUUGGAGUGAUGAAGAAGAACUUGGAGAUGGAAGUGGAGACUAUUCUCCCUUCAUUUCCUCUUAUUGCAAGCUUCAGACUCUGUCAGUCACUGCUCAUGAGGCUUUGCCCAAAGCUCUACCAGUUCGACCAUAGUUUCAUGGUUUUGUAACUUUUGCAAUGGACCAAAGUAGAAUAUAACAUGACUAACUUUUGUCUCAAUAGUAUAAUAGUAUAUAUUGCAUAGUCAGUUACC